AUGGGAAUCGAACUAAUGCCAAAAUGUGCAGAGUUGAGGAAGGUUAACCAGACAGAGCAUGUAAACAUCACUGGUCAGGAUUUCUGCUCGCUGUAUCCAGCACGCAAGCCAGCAGGCAUCAUCGCCGUCGCUUAUGUACCCGAAUUAGCAACAUCUCAACGGCCUUCCUCGUCGCUCGAUGAUGCAAUAAUUCAGAAGACCCUGUCGCCGAAUGAUGCACUGCUAGUUCGGAGGCGGGCUAAUGGAAGUCUCUGA